UUAUACUUAGUUACAGAAAAGAAGUUGUUUAAAAGUUUUAAAUAAGUGGACAAAAUGAAAGUAAAAUGCUUAAUUGUUUUAUGUUUACUAUUUAUAAUUCAUUAUCAGAAAGUCAGAACAAUAAACCCUUCUGAAAAAGAGGCAGAGCAGGGCAGUUCACCAGAGCCAUGCAUUUUUAACACAGAAGACUGGCCUCAUCUUGACGAUCCUACACUUGAGGUUGUUUAUCAAGAAGCACCUUCUAUGGUCACAGAAAACUUGUCUCAUCCUGUCGAUCCUUUACAAGAAAAUAUUCAUCAACAAGAUUGUAUUUUGAACUCAGAAAACUAUUAUCUCAAAGAUCCUAUACCAGCAUUUCCUAUAAACACAAAAUUUUGGUUUGAACUUGAUGAUUCUAUAAAAGAGGUUACUUCUCAACAAGUACAUCCUGUGGUCACAAAAAACUUGUCUAAUCCUGUCGAUCCUCCACAAGAAAAUAUUGAUCAACAACAAUUCCCACUCAAAUAAUGACGUUUGAAACUUUUUCACUUCCACUUCCAUACUCAGUGCCGUAAGAAGGCAUGUAA